UUCUCAUCAAUCUACAUGUUAUUCCACGUUUAGAAAAGCUUACUGAAACUUAUCUUUUGACAUAAACGCUAAUGCAAGUGUUUGAGUGAACUUAUGAAAAUUAUGAUAUACCUAUAAAUUGUUUCGAACUUAUUUUAUAAGCUGCUUAGAUUAGCUUAUGAAUUGACACUUACAUCCACUUAUAAGCUGUUUUAGGCCUAUUGCAAUAAGUUUCUUAGAUUAGCUUAUGAAUAAUAUCUUAUAUGAAAAGAGCUUAGGCAAUAAACACUUAAUUAAGUUAUUUACCAAAACACAUAUCACUCGUGCUCAAAUUUCUAACAUUAAAUUCCCCAAAAAAAUUUAACCUCUAUACGUCAAUGUGCAUUUUUAUGUAAAGUAUAACUUUGUCUAUCCUGUAUCAAGAAAAAUCUGGCUGGCAAGUUAAAACAGCUUCCCUGCAAAUAAAUUUAGACCAUAAGGAGCAUAUUCCUAAUCACAUGUACUAUAUGUUAGUAGUCAUGGUGUUAUUUAGUUGAAAACUGCAUAAGUCAUUAAGCUCUUGCCUUCAUGUUCAUUACUGAGCAAUGAUAAAUUACUGCUCACUACAGAUCAGGUAAAGAUAAGUGAAAUUAUGGCAUUGCAUAAGUCAUUCAGCUCUUGCCUUCAUGUUCAUAAUACAUCUUUUAUCACUUAUGCUUGGGAAGAAACCCACAUUUACAUAGUGAAAUUAUGGUACUUUGAUCGGGUAAUGAUGAUCCACUUUGUAUGUGAGAUAUUUUAAAGCAAUAUAUGAAAACAUGUUUUUGUUGGUUAGCAUGUUCAAAUGAAUUUUUUCACAGUUUGGUUUCGCUACCAUAGUGAGAUGAAUGUAGGUUUGGAGUUAAGAAUGACAAGUGCAGUACUUGCUACAAUUUUUUUUUUAAAAAAGUGAUCCUCAAUGCAAGUUAGUCUUUUAUCUUUACUGUGCUUUACUGCAGGUCCUCUCUUAGAAUCUUGAACCUUUGUGGAGAAAUUACUUCAAAGAUUGGAAGGUUAACAUCACUUGAGUUUCUUGACUUGUCUAGGAACCAUUUCUUUGGUUCAAUUCCACCUACUCUUGCUCAAAUUGAUCGCCUCGCCAUGUUAGACCUGUCCUAUAACAACCUGUGUGGAAGAAUCCCACUUGGAACACAGUUACAGAGUUUUGAUGCCUCAAGUUAUGAAGGAAAUGCUGAUCUUUGUGGGAAGCCACUUGAUAAAAAGUGUCCAGGAGAUGAAGAAGCACCCCAAGAACCAAAAUCACAUAAAGAAACUAGUCCAGAAGAUAAUAAAUCAAUUUAUUUGAGUGUGGCAUGGGGAUUUAUCACAGGAUUUUGGAGCCUAUGGGGUUCCUUGCUACUCAGUGAUACUUGGAGACAUACAUACAUGUUGUUCUUGAACAACAUAAUAGACACAGUUUAUGUUUUUACAGCAGUGAGUGCAGCUAAGUUUCAAAGGUGGCUCAAAGGCUUGAUGGAAAAGUAUUAAGUAUGUAUAGCUUAAAAGCAUCUCCUGAGCUGAGGUUGAACCAUUUGCAACUAAACUAUGUUCAAGAAAGAUACCAGAAAAGAUUGCAGCUCUGAUCAGACAAAUAUAAAUGAAUUCAGAGUUCUAUUUAUCAAUGGUUUAGAUUAUCAAAUGUUGAAGUUUAUGUGGUGGACACUCUCUAUUCUGUUAUUGAGAAAAUUGUGUUCUUUUUUAUGAAAUUAUGGAAUAUCAUUAUAAGAUGCUCCUCUUCAUGUUGCCUAGUUAUAA